AUCCCAACGGACAUGCUUCCACGUCUCCCGGUGGAGAUUUGGUUGUUGAUCAUUGAUGAACUCGGUGCAGAGCGCGAGUACGAUGCAUUGGAGGCGUGUGCGAAGGCUACUGAAGGCUUGAUUCAGGAGAGGGCGAUAAAAUACGUCCCAGACGAAAUGACAUUCAGGACUCAGGAGGAGGUUGCGAGCAUCGAGCUGGCGCAACGCUGGGAGGGGCCCCGGAAGGUGAGAAUCGAGGGAGGCAGGCGUCCACGUAGUGAUGAGCGUCUCCCGAUCCCACACCUGGCGACAUUCGCCUCAAGGCUCGCAGGGAAGUGGUUCAGCUUAGAGGAGCUCAUCAUUGCGAGAGCGGAGUGGCGGGUUCAGGAUCUCGAUCUUCCCUCCGUCUCGCUCAAUUUAUCCUGCUUCGCCUCAAUCAGGCGCCUCGAGCUCUGUCACGUCACGUUUCCAAGCGCCCUGACGUUUUUCCGCCUGGUCUGCGCCCUCCCAUCCCUCAAUUCCCUUUCUCUCUGGGACAUAAAUAUUGUCAAAUACGCCAUCGAUGCUCGAACGCUCUCGACCUUCCCCGUUCUGUCUGCUCUCAAGCUGAACUCUAUAACCCUGGUGCGGCCCGAGGAAUUCAUCGGCGACCGGCCUACAACCCUUGCAAGUCAUUCCACUGGGCUACUUCAAUGGGUCUCCAAUAUAAUGGACCGUAUAUCCAUCGAGAGGACCACCCUAUCUCUUCAUACGUCUCCAUGGUGCAAUGUCAAGGCUCUGAAGCUCUGGGAUGUAAGCUUUCCGACAGUUGCCGCUUUUGCACGCUUGCUUGGCGCCCUUCCCGUCCUCAGCAAACUCCAAAUCCAGGGGCCAUGCAUGUUUUCCAAACAUGACUUUGAUUACAGUGAUGUGCCCGUAAUCCCCGGCGUGUUCAUGUCGAGUUUGAGAGAACUUGACUUAGGUUACAAAUGUUGCUUAUGCUCUGACCCUCAAUCUCUGGACGAUCUCGUCGCCGUCUUCAUUCGAACUGGAGCUAGCGACCUUUUGAACUCGAUACACGCUUGGCUGCCUUUAUCUUUGCGUACAACAACAAGCAUAGAUGUCGCUAUCAAUAGACUAGUCGAACAUGCUGGGCAAUCACUGCAUGACCUCCGUCUUCGUGUAAUCUCGCAAGACGAUUUCCUGCUAUACAAUAAAGCGGCGAGAUAUGUAGGCCCAAGCACAACUCGCUGCUUUAACAUCUCGAGGAAUAAGCGCCUCCGACACCUUGAAUGCUCGAUGGAUAUUGCCCGCAAGGACCGGUUUCACAUUGAUCCUAUUCUAGAACUUCUUCACCGGGUUACGUCAACGCGCAUAUCUGACUUCAGUUUAACCCUGCACGUGAUGGACGAAGUAGUCCCUCCAAAGCUGUGGUCAAGCCUCUCGGAGCUCGAUGUAGUCCUCUCGCAAGCAGUCUUUGGCAAGCUUGCAAAAGUCCGGAUACAAAUACGCCUCGAAGAAUCAUUCCCACACAAUCUGGAGGCUAGGGUGAGGUCGUGCUUACCAAAGCUAGAUGCGCGGGGGUGGGGUAUUCUGUGGUGCGUACUGAUGGCAUCCUCUGAGUCGUCGCUAUAA